AUGAGGAAGGCACCAUUGGUUUUUAUCGUGCAACCGAACUCUGUAACAGGUAGCGCUCGUCAAAUGAACGAGCCAGUGAUGCAGCUCGAAGCAAAUAAAAAGGAUGACGAUGACGAUGGAGGUGAAGGAGGUGGAAAUCAUGGAGGUGAGCAUAAUAUUCAGGCGGCGGCCGAAUCUGUACAUGCGGAGAGCGCCGAUAUUUCGUUUCUCGAAGACUCUUUAACAUUAACAGAUUUGAAGGAGAACGGAAUAGCUAGUGAGAGCUUUCAGGAGGCCUCCCAUUAUCUAGAUAUAGCGCAGACGGCCCCUAGCACUAGCAAUAGUCUUAUGAAUUUGAGCACGAUUGCACCUUGUGAUGCAGGGGACUCCAUGAACAGUCCUCUUUCUCAAUUUGAGAUGGAACGGGCCUCGCCUUCGGCCAAAAGCCGUAAACGGCUGUCAAGCGCUACAGGCGGGGCAUCGGGAUCGGGCGAAGGAGACGAUGAUGAGAACCGUCAUCAUCUAAAAAAGCUCUUUCGUCCGCGUGCCGAACGAAUGCUCUCUCGAGUCUACGAGAGAUUCUUAUUGAUUGAAGUUUCUGCCGAAUCUGGUGGAAUCGAGAGGAAUGUUCUUUUUAGAACAUUCCUCUCGGUGGAAUUGGGCCGUAAAGACUGUCUUCGAGGAGACCAUGUCACAAGAGCGAGGCGAGGUUUGGAACCCUACUGCGAGAGGGACGCCUCGCGAGCCGGGCUUCUAGAGAUGAGGCCUUUUGGCGAAGCCAAGUCAAUUUCGGGCCACCAAACCCUGCAACUGAUGAGAAGGCCUAUGGAGUGGAGUAAAGGGAAGCGUGUACGUUGUCACACUCCCUGCCUUCAAAAGGUGCCUAGAGGACGGGCCAUAAGACGCAAGCGACGACCCGGGAGCGGAUUCCCCACCGGCAGGGGGACAGGAGACGGCCAUCUCGAGGCACAUCACGACCUACAGGCAAGACCGGCGAGACCUGGGAAGGCUACCCGAUUGGGAGUCAGAGGAUCCAUAGCUGCUGGUAGGACAAAAAAAAGGCUGCUAGAAUCCCUUGCUAUUGCUAUUGAAUCCGGUGCUGAUGCUCGAAAUCGAAAGAAGUUAGACAGAGAUGGGACUAGAGCUUUUGGCUUUCUUCCUUCACUUCAAUCAAGGAUUGCUGCUAGAAGGGCUCUUGCCCAUCAGCUGCGAAUGGAAUGUGGGAUAAAGGAUGAAUUGUCCAAAGCCAUUUUUUGCCUUGAUUCCCCUAGUAAAGAUAUACCACGCAAGGAAGAGAAUAGAAAAGCGAGCAAGAUCCCUUCAUCGGAAGGAAAGAGGAGAACGAGGACAGCUGACUACCGCUCAUGCCCCCUAGCCAAUUCAAACUCAGAUCCGAAGGCUGAUGGAUCUGGUCUGGACCUAAGGCCUGGGACUGCUUCUUCCUUAUCGCCCGACGGACAUCGAGGCUUUAAGACCGAUUGGCGCGUGCCCAAAAAAAGGGAGACCGCGUCUGAAGCCUUUGCCAACUUUCCGUCUCAGGCAAGAGCUGCGGAACUAAAGCACCAACGGCUCCUCUUCCGACAUUGGCUACUGCUAUCGGGUAUUCACUCAUCCCCUCUCAGUGGCAAGAACUCUCUAGAAGCCUUAGGAGCUAUGGAGUCUGGUGAGGUAGCUCUUGUCUCUUGGUCAGCUGUUUCCGCUCGAGUGAAAAUGCUUGAUGGGGCGAGAUUUGCCUUGGAGAUGGAAAUGCCUAAUCAAGUAGCCAAGAAUCAUCGAUUUCGGAGGGGAAAUGAAUUUAGGAAGGAUCCGAUCCCAAGUGACAUUGAAUCAGUUGGGGGUAUAAGCGCUGCUAUUUCAGCAAUAGAAGGGCUCGAUCCCAGACCUAAGCGCAAGGGAAUUUUUUUAGGUAGGGCUCAAGCUUUAUUUCACGUAGCUGACUUUACCGUCAGCUCAAUUGGAAUAGUUUUUCGCUAUGUUCGCAGGCAAGUGAGACGAUCCAUCAAUGCCCUUAUCUGCUUCGAAAGAACCGGUGUCAUCCAAACAUGGUGA